GAGGUCAGAAGUUCUCUCUCACAGCCAUCUUGGAUAUAGCGUCCCGAGUCGCAACCAUGCCUGGUGAAGCAACAGAAACGGUCCCUGUUACCGAGCAGGAGAUGCAGCAGCCUCAAGUAGAGACCGCUGUAGGAGUAUUGAAUUCUUCUGCUCCUCCUGAGAUGGCCAUUCCUGUGAGCAAAGCUAUCCCACUGGAGAAUCCUCCAGAAACCUCCCCAAAAGAAGCUAGCGGUCAGACUACUGGUGCAAAUGGUGUAGUGGCGACUCAAGAAGAAAUGGCCGCGCGUGCUGAAGAGACUGGGUUGGCAGCGACACCUGUCCCAAAACCAGAGACGACUGCUGAUCAAGCGGGGACUUCAGCUGACCUGCCAGCUCCUGAAGAGUUUGUGCCUUUGGCUGGGACUCCCAUUGGUUCCUCAGAAGAGCCACAUGCCACAGCGCCAACUGUAGAGGUCCAAGGUCAGGAGUCUGUUGUUGCUGCUGAAAAGUCGGCCUGCCAAGAGGUGGAGCAGAUUUCUGUUGACGCAAAAGGCCCUGAAGACGAGGCCAGUGCCGUGGCAGAAGAAAUUCCUGAUGAUCCAAAACCAUCUGCUCCUGAAGAGGUCAUUGCAAACGGUGAAGAUGUGAAGGCAGCUGAUGCCCCAUUGACUGAAGUAGAAGGGUCGAGGAAUCUUUCCCUGGACGCAGCUAAAGUACUGCCUUGUGAAGUGAAUGUCAACGUGGCUACUCAAAAUGAAGAUCUUGAUAAGAAAGAAGCUGUAAAACUUCUCUCCAAGGCCAUUCAGUCAAAGGAGUCCUCCAAACGUGAAGGCCCACCUCAUUCCACUUGCCGCCUGUCAGGUUGGUUUGUCCUGAUAAGCAAGCAUUCCCCUCUCCCUACUUGUCACACAAUCUUAUGAAUGCACCUUUUCAAAUCAGGUUAGGGAUAUUUUUGCCCCGGUGGUAAAAUAAGUGGUACACUUUCAAAAGGAGACUGGUUUAAUGCGUCGGAUUCCUUGUGGUUUUUGACGUUUGGUGGUUCAAACUUGAAGCAUCUGUUCGUACUAGCAGGUAUAUAUAAUUUUCCCGUUUGUCCUAAUUGCAUCCUGACUAAAUACAGAAUGUGAUUUUAAUUUGAAAUUAGGAAGUAUGGACUGCCUUUUGCGUGGCGUUUUGCAUUAAUCUCUAAAGUUAGACAGGUAUGUCCUUUUUCCUAACCUGAGGCAAGGAGAUUGCGUCUUGGUUUGUGAUCAUCUAACCAGCAUGAGGAAGACUUCCCCUUUUCCCGUUAAAAAAAAUAUAUAUAUAUAUUUAAAGAUUGAUUUUUUUUCUUCUAUUCAGCUACACCUCCUGCCCCAGCUUCCUCACAGAAACCUAAGGCAGCUUCUGGCUCUGCAAAGCCCAAAGGCAAAGAUGCCAAGGGUGCGCAGGGUUCUUCUGCCCCAAAGGCUGUCCCUGGCAGAAGGAAACGUUCCUCUAUGUCUGCCUCUUCCUCCUCUCCCACCUCACCAAAAUCUACUACUUCCGCUACACCCCUGUCACCAGUGCCAUCUCCCCUAGCUACCUCACCUGACAGCUCUUCUGCUAAUCAGGCUAAUCGCUUUACCCCCAAAAUUGUCAAGGCUGGCAAACAAGGAAAAGCUAAGAAAGGAGAGGCAUUUGUGCCGGUUCCUUCCCCCACAGAGUGCAAAGUGACACAAGUAACUAAAAAAACAGUAGCGUCUAACCCCAAGAAAACUGUAGUUGAAGCUAAACCUGCCCCAUUUGAGCCAAACAAACCUUCAGCAGCUGCUGGAAAGCCGGUUGCAGCCCCAGCUGCUUUUAAAGUGACCUCAAAGCCUGCUGUGGCAGCUCCGGUUUCAUUUUCAGAUACUCUGGCAUCUAGCCCCCCCACAUCAGUGGAGUUCAAGACCGUUUCAUCAAAAUCUGCUCCUGUUAUUGUAGCUGAUGAUGAUCUCCCUCCACUUAUCCCACCUGAGAAGCCAAUUAAAACGCCAGAACCUGUGCCCUCUGUAGAGGUUACCGCGGUAGCAACCAAACCCAAGACGGAUGUUGAGCCCAAGUCUGUGCCUGUUGAGGUUGCCGAAGCUGUAACUAUGGUCAAAUUUGAAACGGCUAAAGUAGUUGCUGAUGUUAAACCAGCUCCUAUUGAAGUUCCUCAGGCAGCCCCAGCCAAAAUUGAGGCUGUUCAGCAGCCCUUAAGCAAAAUCGAUCCCGUCAAGGCUGCUAUGCCUGCUCCUGUUAAGGCUGCUAAGCUGGCUGCUGAGGCUAAACCCGCUCCCGUUGAGGCUGCUAAACCCGCUCCCACUAAAGCUAAAUCCACUCCCGUUAAGGCUGGUAAACCAGCUGUUGAAGCCAAGCCAGCUACGGUUGAGGCUGCUAAACCCGCUCCCAUUGAGGCCAAGCCAGCUACAGUUGAGGCUGCUAAGCCAGCCGCUGUGGCCGAGCCCGCUCACGUCGAGGCUGCCAAGCCAGCCGCUGUAGCCAAGCCCGCUCCCGUCGAGGCUGCCAAGCCAGCCGCUAUAGCUAAGCCCGCUCCCGUCGAGGCUGCCAAGCCAGCUGCUGUAGCCAAGCCCGCUCCCGUCGAGGCUGCCAAGCCAACCGCUGUAGCCAAGCCCGCUCCCGUCGAGGCUGCCAAGCCAACCGCUGUAGCCAAGCCCGCUCCCGUCGAGGCUGCCAAGCCAACCGCUGUAGCCAAGCCCGCUCCCGUCGAGGCUGCCAAGCCAGCCGCUGUAGCCAAGCCCGCUCCCGUCGAGGCUGCCAAGCCAGCCGCUGUAGCCAAGCCCGCUCCCGUCGAGGCUGCCAAGCCAACCGCUGUAGCCAAGCCCGCUCCCGUCGAGGCUGCCAAGCCAACCGCUGUAGCCAAGCCCGCUCCCGUCGAGGCUGCCAAGCCAGCCGCUGUAGCCAAACCCGCUCCCGUCGAGGCUGCCAAGCCAGCCGCUGUAGCCAAGCCCGCUCCCGUCGAGGCUGCCAAGCCAGCCGCUGUAGCCAAGCCCGCUCCCGUCGAGGCUGCCAAGCCAGCCGCUGUAGCCAAGCCCGCUCCCGUCGAGGCUGCCAAGCCAGCCGCUGUAGCCAUGCCCGCUCCCGUCAAGGCUGCCAAGCCAGCCGCUGUAGCCAUGCCCGCUCCCGUCGAGGCUGCCAAGCCAGCCGCUGUAGCCAAGCCCGCUCCCGUCGAGGCUGCCAAGCCAGCCGCUAUAGCUAAACCCGCUCCCGUUGAGGCCAAGCCAGCUACAGUUGAGGCUGCUAAGCCAGCCGCUGUGGCCAAGCCCGCGCCCGUCGAGGCUGCCAAGCCAGCCGCUGUAGCCAUGCCCGCUCCCGUCGAGGCUGCCAAGCCAGCCGCUAUAGCCAAGCCCGCUCCCGUUGAGGCUGCCAAGCCAGCCGCUGUAGCCAAGCCCGCUCCCGUCGAGGCUGCCAAGCCAGCCGCUGUAGCUAAGCCCGCUCCCGUCGAGGCUGCCAAGCCAGCCGCUGUAGCUAAGCCCGCUCCCGUCGAGGCUGCCAAGCCAGCCGCUGUAGCUAAGCCCGCUCCCGUCGAGGCUGCCAAGCCAGCCGCUGUAGCCAAGCCCGCUCCCGUUGAGGCUGCCAAGCCAGCCGCUGUGGCCAAACCAACUGCCGCUGAGGCCAAACCAACUGCCGCUAAGGCCCCUGUGAUUUGUACUAAGCCAGUAACUGAGGCUAAAUUGGUUAAGGGAGCACCUGCUGAUGUUGCCAAGCCUUCUAAAACAGUAGCCGAGUCUUUAUCUGCUCCCUUAAAACCCACUACAGUUGUUCCUGCCCCAGUUCCCCAUAAACUCACAUUUGCUGAGGCAGUUGCUAAACCUGCCCCUGUUAAACCUGAGGAUGCGGUAAUUGGUAAGACUCCUUCUGAACCCAUCUCGUCACCCAAACCUGCCCCUACACCUGCUAAACCCCCGGGCAAGGUGGAGCCUGUGAUCAAGAACGACAAGGGUAUUUUCCUUUUUCUCUCCUUUUGUGUCAUCUGUUUUUCCAACUGCCUCAGCAUUCUGGGAACUGCUCAGAUAUGCUGUUCUCUUAAAAAGUAAUGGUUGUGAAGUGUACAUUCGCUUUUGUUUUCUUUUACAGUCUUUUCUCAAAGAUGCUACUUAGUUGCUGACAUGGAGGCUUCUGUUUUUGGAGACAGUGUUGCGUUGAAUACUGUCUGCAAUUUUGUGCCGUUUCAUAUGUGCGAUCAUAGGAUGUCGAAAAGCCUCAUUGAAGAUGUCUAGUAUCGGUUUGGUAUUGGAUCGGAGGAUCGGUUACUAUUUGAAGUUGAAUAGCUGAAAUGACAGUGGCCCUUUUGCAUCAUCAAGUUGAUGGUUUUUACAUUUACUUUACAACUGGUUAGGUAUUUUUCAUCCUAGGUGAAAACGAAUCUGAUUUUGAAACUCUAUUAAUCUGCCUAUUUUCAUUCCCCAGGAUUAAAGCAGUAUAUUUCAGGACUUAAGUAUACACGGGUGUAAUAGUUGGCAUGUUGUGACUAAAUGUGUUUUUUUUUUU